AUGUCCGACCCCAUCGCCGACGCUGCGCGAAAGCAUCCGGCGCCUGAAGGCCUUGUCUACACUUAUGGAACAGCUGGGACUCUAGUCUACUCCGACCGCGAGCGCCCCGCAUACGUCGUCAAGGACACGACUGACAACCACAGCGACGUUCUCGACUCAGUAUUGAUCCGCGUCGGUCUCAUCGCAGCUCUUCGAUCAAAGACACUCAAGGGAAAAUGGAUUGGAGUCAUGAUCACAGCCUCUCACAACCCUCCCGAGGAUAAUGGUGUAAAGCUCGUCGAGCCGAUGGAGGAGUGGGAAGUCAUUAGCACGGAAAUGGCAAACAAGACCACCCCCGAAGACGUUUCAAAGUUCUACCACGACAUCGCCAACCAGAAUAAGAUCGAUCUCGAAACACCUGCCCGCGUCGUUGUAGCUCGUGAUACCAGGGCGUCCGGGUCAAGGCUGCUCGGAUGUCUCCUCGAUGGCCUCAAAGCUGCUGGAGCUGAAAUCAAGGACUACGGUUUCUUGACCACACCACAACUCCACUACAUGACCCGUUGUCUUAAUACGGAAGGUACAAAGGAUGCCUAUGGUACACCUACGGAGAAGGGUUACUACGAGAAGUUUGGUGCAGCUUUCAAGACGGCGCUCCGUGGAAAGAAGCCUUCUGGCAGUUUGACCGUUGACUGCGCCAAUGGUGUUGGUGGACCCAAGUUGAACGAGUUGAUCAAAUACCUUCCAUCCAAGGCUGAGGGUGGCCUUGAGAUUAAUGUCAUCAACGACAACGUCAUCAAGCCCGAGAGUCUGAACGUUGACUGCGGCGCAGACUAUGUCAAGACCAACCAGCGAGCACCCCCAUCAUCCAAGGCCGGCCCUGGCGAUCGAUGCUGCUCGCUCGACGGCGAUGCUGAUCGUGUAGUGUACUACUUCAAGGACGACAAGAACGUCUUCCGCCUACUUGAUGGUGACCGCAUCGCGACCCUUGUAGCAUCCUUCCUUGGAGACACUGUGCGUCAGAGUGGACUUGCAGACCAGCUCAAGAUUGGAGUCGUUCAAACCGCCUAUGCCAACGGUGCCGCCACGAAAUACGUGGAAGAAAACUUGAAGCUCAAGGUCGACUGCACACCUACCGGAGUCAAGUACUUGCACCACGCCGCCGAGAAGCUCGAUAUUGGUGUCUACUUUGAAGCCAAUGGCCAUGGUACUGUCAUUUUCUCACAUGACACACUCGACACUAUCGAGAAGCACGAGCCCCGCAACCCUGGUGAAAAGGAGGCUCUCGAUGUGCUCCGUGCGUGUAUCAACCUCAUCAACCAGUCAGUCGGUGAUGCUCUUUCCGACUUUUUGCUUGUGGAAGUCGUCCUUGCACACAAGCACUGGGGUCCGCAAGAGUGGCUUUCGACCUACAGCGACCUACCCAACCGUCUGCUCAAGGUUGUGGUGAAUGAUCGCAAGAUCUUCAAGACGACAGACGCUGAGCGUAAACUCACAUCCCCAGACGGUCUUCAAGCACUGAUCGACAAGGAGGUCCAGAAGGUCCGCCAAGGUCGCUCUUUUGCUCGUGCUAGCGGAACAGAAGACGCCGUGCGCGUUUACGCUGAGGCUGAGACUAGAGCCGAGGCUGAUGAUCUCGCCCGCAAGGUACAUGACCUUGUCAAGGCAGCGGGUAGUGCUUAG